AUGCCGGUGCGGGUGUUCAGACCCGAGGAUCUGUCCCCCGGGAGCGAUCGUGACGAGUCUGAGCCAGUACAGGAAUUCGACUACAGCAUGGUCGAUAUGUUCGCGCGGCUGUCGCGUGAGCAGAUCUCCGCAGUGGUCUCGCUGGGGCGCCUGGUCUCCGUAAGAGAAGGUGAAACCUUGGGAGCCGGCGGUGAGGCUGGACAGAACCUGUUCGUUAUACAGGAGGGUGAGGCCCAGCUGACCGCCCUCGUUGAGAUUGGGCGGAUCGCCGUCAGGGUUGCAGGUCCGGGCGAAUCUUUUCCUCAGGCAGUUCUGCUGGGUGAGGGUACGUUGAUAACCGCAGGUUCCGCACUGACGCCGAUGACGCUCCUGCAGAUUCCCCGGGCUCCUCUGCUGGACCUCUGCACGCAGGACGCCGCCAUCGGCCGUGGUAUCUACGCAGCCACGGCGCAGUUGUUCGCCAACCGAUACAGCCGGACCCUGAUCGAACUGGGUGCGAGCGUCAGCCGUGAAUUUGAUAUGGACAGCGGAGAUGCGGAGGGGGAGGAGGACUAG